GCCUGAAAUGUGUGUACGAGGGGCCGUGAGGGCACGGAGGGGGGGCAGGGCUCUGUGAGAAAUGCUUUGAAGGAGUAAAGGAGCAGCAGAGCCCUCCGAGAGGGCCUUUGGGGGCCCACGGGUGGGGUGCAGGGCCAUAGGGGAGGCUGUGGGUUAAGGGGCUGCCCGGGAGAUGCACAAGGGAGUCUUGGGUUAUUGAAGUGCCUUACAGGAAUCAUCGCACACUGAGCACUGUCUCCAGCACGUGACAUAGCCCAAGACUGGAAGUUCAGGAAACUCCUGUGUCUCCCAUCCCGGAGCUGCUCCAACAGUCCCACUCCCACCUCCCAGGCUGGCACUGCUGGGACCAAAGCCCCUUUGCCAUGGUGGCUCCAGUGACCCGAGGGGGCCAUGUUUGGCUCCCCACACCCCACUCUCACAGUCAGACCAGGUUCCUCACCAGCUCAGCCCCAGGUUUCCUUUAAGGAACCAGAGGGUAGAGCCCACCCUCAGCACACUGGCAGGAGACACGACAGAAGGAUGGGGACAUCCAGGGUCAUCUGGAAAAGCUUGAGAAGUGGAACCACAAGAACUUGAUAAAGUUCACCAAGGCCAAGUGGAAGGGGCUGCACUUGGGUUGGGGCAAUCCCAGGUAUCAGCACAGACUGGGAGAAGGGCUGAGAGCAGCCUUGCAGAGAAGGACUUUGGGGGUUUUGGUGGAGGAAAUGCUGGACAUGAGCCAACAGUGAGUGCUGGCAGCACUGAAGGCCAAAUGCAUCCUUGGGGUGCAUCAAAAGAGGGGUGGCCAGAGGGGUGAGGGAGGGGAUGGUUGUCCUCUACUCUGGGGGUUAGGAUGAGAUCAUCUUUAGGGUCCCGUCCAACCCAAGCCAUUCCGUGACCCUGUGAUUCCAUAAGAUGGCGACAGUUCCAUUGUUCCCAUCACAGCUCCAUCGUGUCCAGGGACACAGGUGAGUGUUCCAGAGCUGUUGAGGGCAGGAAGGUUCCAGAGCAGGUGUCACAGAGGCCAGGCUGUCCUGGGGCAGGAAGGUCACUCCCAGCACAUCCUGGCUGGGCUGGAUGAGUUCUGCUGGGGCAGAGCUGGCCCAGAGCGAUGGGGCCGAGCCUGCUGGGAGCCACCAUCCUCCUCUGCCUGGUUGGUGUCCUCCAGGCCUAUGCCAUCGAGAAGAAAGGGGAUGUGUUCAAGAAGAUGGCAUGUCCCGCCUUCCUGACAUUCGAGAACGUCGCCUACUUGGCAGACAUGACCUUCGAGCUGCCCUGCAAGUGCAAGCCCGAGGAGGUCUCUUCCGUCGUCUGGUACUUCCAGAGGAACCUGCGCGGCCGCACGAUCACGGUGCUGACGGACUUCGACGGCACCGUGGUGCUGGACUCGAGCCACGUCCGUGCAGGCAGCGACCUGCUGAAGCGCUUCAGCAUCCGCAUGUUCAGCCUCAUCGUGUUCCGGGCCCAGGUGAGGGAUUCUGGGCACUACCUGUGCGGCUCCAAGGAAGGGCACGUCUUCUACGGCUACGACGUGGAUGUGCAGCCCACGGGGCGCAUCACGGUGGCCUUCCUGGACAGCGGCCAGCACGUGCAGGACGACUACGUGGCAGAGCAGUUCAGCCUCUUCACCACCUUCUGGGACUGGAGCAGCUGCGACCGCUGUGGGGUGCGGGGGGAGCAGCAGCGCGUCGGGCUGUGCUUUGUGCAGAGCGCCCAGCUCAGCCCCCGCUACCGCACCUCACUGCCCAACGUCACCUCCUGCGGCUCCCGGGCUGUGCCCGUGAGCUUCCGCCCCUUGCACCUCCGCAGCCCCGAGGUGGCCGUCCGGAGCUGCCUGAUGCCGUGCCCGCCCAAGGAGGCGCCCGAGGAGGGCGUCCAGUCCAUCUCCAACAUCGUCUACAAGUUUGGGGAGAAGCCCGACGUGCCCCGUGUCCUCCAGUACCACAGCCAGCCCUCCCGCACCAACCUGGUGAUCGCGUGCCCGGGGGCCCGCCCGGAGCACACCGUGGGCUGGGACAAGGACUCGGUCCGGCUCUACCGCUCCGAGUACCGGGGUGUUGAGAAGGGCAUGAGGGUCUUCAUCGACCACGGGAACCACCUGCACAUCCUGCGGGUGCGCAGGAGCGACAGGGGCACCUACUUCUGCUGGAGGGACGGUGAGAUGGUGGCGGGAUUCCGGCUCAGCGUCACCUUCCCGGCCCAGCGCCGGCGCGGCCCCGGCGACCCCGAGUCCAUCUUCGUCAUGAGGGCCGUGGGCAUCGGCUUCGCCGUCAUCACCGGUAUCUUCCUCGCCCACCUGGGCCGCUGCUGCUGGUGGGCGCUCAGGAAACCGGCCGGGUUGUAGCGUCUCCCCUGCAGGGCACUUGGAUGCCUCAGAUCAUCCUCCUGUCGGAAAUCUCCAGUGUUCUGACCGUUUUUUCUUUGCUUUUCACUUUUCAAAGGAAAAAUAUUUUUCGAAUUAA